CUAGUUUUCUCGUUUCCGUUUCGGUUUCUGCGAACUAAAGUGUCGUCAAUAUGUUUAUGUCUGCCCUGUAUCAUUAGAUUUUCUCUUCUCAUCGAUUCUGCGAAUUGGGCCAACCGGUUGUAAUAUUUGGUUGGUCAUAUCAUCAUAUGUUGUCAGGUGAUCAAGGGUUCUAGACUGCAAGAAUAUGAGUGGUAACCUUAAUAAAAGGCCACAUGAAGAGGGUGGUGAUGGUAGCGGUAGUGGCAAUCAUGGACAUUCCUCUGCUCCAAAAUACAUACAUGAUGAUUCCAAUUCAUAUGCUAAAGUUAUGAGUUCAGCGACACAUGAGUACCAUUCCUCUUAUGAUGCUGGACAGGAUGUGAGGAUGCCAAAGAUCCCUCGAACUGAAUCACGGGAUGUGGAUAGAAGAUCACCUUUGCUUCCAACUUUUCGAGGGUCAUUAAAUGAUUUGCAUUCUGAUCAUACAGUUGGUUUGGAAGCCAGGUUGGAGGCUAGGGAGGGUAAAGACAGUAUAAGGGAUGUUAAAGCUGAGAAUCGCGAAGCCAAGGCUGAAUCAAGAGAGCUGUACCAAGGAGGUAAAGGUGAUAAAGAUGCGAGGACUGAUAGCAGGGUUGAUGAUAGUAAGGAAACCAAACACGAGAGGGAUAGCUAUUCAGAAUACAAGGUUAAUAUGAAGUCAGAUAAAGAUAGUUUUUCUGGAGUAAGUAAUCACUUAAAUUGGAAAGAUUCAAAAGAACAGAACCGGGGGAAAAGAUAUCCUGAUGUCUCAGGUGGGAAUAUGGAUCCAUGGCAUGCUUCAAGAACCAAUGUGCAUGUAUCUGCUGAAGUUCCAAAGGAAAGUGUAAAUGUUGAGAACAGGGAUUAUGUUGAAGCAUGUGAGGCUGUUGGUGAAAAUAGGGUUGAUCUCAAAGGGGAUGAUAAAUUCAAAGGUAAAGAUAGGAAAAGAAAAGAAGGAAAACACUGGGAAUGGGGAGGGGAUAAAGAAAGAAAUGAUGGUAAGAGUAAUGUGCAAGUAGCAAAUAGCAGUAUUGAGAACAAAGACACAUUGAAGGAAGAUAGAGAAACCGAGAGGUGGGAGAGGGAAAGAAAAGAUCUGUCAAAAGAUAAGGACAAACCAAAAGACAGGGAAAAGGAUCAUUUGAAGAGGGAAAUCUGGAAAACUGAGAGAGAAAGUUCACAUAAUGAAAAAGAACUGAUGGAUGCUCCAGGUAGGACACUGGAGCAAGAAACUGAAAAGAAGAAACAAAAAGAUCAUGACAACUGGAAAAGUGGUGAAAGGGAGAGCAGAGACAAAAGGAAGGAAAGAGAUCAAGAUGUCGAAGGAGAGAGAAAUGAGAAAUGUAACAAGUAUAAUGAUAAUGACUUGGAAGAAGUAGGUAUGUCUGCCGAUGGGGGUGGUGACAGGGACAGAGAAGGUUUUAAUUAUGGAGUUCAACAGCGGAAGAGAAUGCUUCGUCCCAGAGGCAGCCCUCAAAUGGGAAACCGUGAUCCUCGUUUUAGAUCUCGUGUCCAUGACAAUGAAGGAUCUCAAGGAGGUAAGCCUGAUAUGUCCAGCAUCAUUUAUAGAGUUGGUGAAUGUAUGCAAGAACUCAUUAAAAUUUGGAAGGAAUAUGAAUCAUCUCAAGCUGAGAAAGUAGGUGAUAGCUCUCAAACUGGCCCAACUCUGGAAAUUCGAAUACCAGCUGAGCAUGUAUCUGCUACAAAUCGCCAGGUGAGGGGUGGACAACUAUGGGGAACAGAUAUAUACACUGAUGACUCGGAUCUCGUUGCUGUUCUUAUGCAUACGGGCUACUGUCGACCAACUGCUUCUCCUCCUCCCCCUACAAUUCUAGAGUUAUGUGCUACUAUCAGAGUGCUACCGCCGCAAGAAUCAUAUGUAUCAAGUUUGAGGAACAAUGUCCGCUCACGUGCCUGGGGAGCUGCAAUUGGUUGCAGUUAUCGUGUAGAGCGAUGCUGCAUUGUGAAGAAAGGAGGCGGGACGAUUGACCUUGAACCUUGCCUUACACAUUCAUCGACAUUGGAGCCUACUCUUGCUCCAGUUGCUGUGGAGCGUACAAUGACUACACGGGCUGCAGCAUCGAAUGCAUUACGGCAACAGAAAUUUGUGCGUGAAGUUACAAUACAAUACAAUCUAUGCAAUGAGCCUUGGCUUAAGUACAGUAUAAGUGUUGUUGCUGACAAAGGCUUGAAGAAACCCCUUUUCACAUCCUCACGCCUGAAAAAGGGAGAAGUCUUAUAUUUGGAAACCCAUACUCGCAGGUAUGAGCUCUCCUUCAAUGGAGAAAAGAUGGUCAAGGCUACAGCAGUGCCCCAUGCACAUGAAGUGGAGAAUGAGAAGCAUCAUGCGCAUCACUCCCAUUCUGUAAACGGUGAAAAAAAUGUGGAUGGUGAAAAUGUUGUCGUAGAUGUGUUCCGUUGGUCACGCUGCAAGAAGCCUCUGCCCCAGAAAAUGAUGAAAUCAUAUGGAAUCCCGUUGCCCCUUGAACAUGUCGAGGUUUUGGAGGAGAAUCUGGAGUGGGAGGACGUUCAGUGGUCACAAACUGGUGUUUGGAUUGCAGGGAAAGAAUAUGUUCUUGCUAGGGCUCAUUUUCUGUCUCCAAAUUAGUUAAGCUCUCAAGUGCAGAGCAGAGCAGAGCAGAGAGGUUUUUGAAUGAACUAGUUUACUGUCCAAGCCCCAAUGUGAAAUAAAAAGCAUCCAUCUUGUGUUGAAAGAAUGCUAUUUCAGAAUCUGUCUUAGUUUUUCAAGACAUUUCAUGUACAAUCAAUCUGCUUUGGAUUUAUGGACAUUUCUUCGGAUACUAAUUUAUGUAGAGUUAAUAUUACUUUUAGUUCGUAAAA